UUGUUUCUGCGUAGGUGAUGCAUCUGUGGCCAGCAGGACAGACAGCAGUUUGUGUUCCAGGUGCUGAAUAGCCAUUAACAAGAUGGCUUCACCAGGUCCCCCAGGAACUCGUAUGACCUCUACAGUCAGCAUCAAUAUUUCUACCCCUACCUUCUACAACCCCCAAAAGAAGUUUGCUCCUGUGGUUGCUCCCAAACCUAAAGUGAACCCCUUCAAAGAUGGGGGAGCUGUACCUGUUGGUCCUUCUGAGUCACCUCUGCCACAGCCUUCUGGGGCUGGUGCACAACGUGCCCAAAUAGGGAAGGUGGGGGAGAUCCCACCAGCUUCUACACCUGAGCUUGCUGAAGAAUUGCCGCUGCCACCCCCACCCCCUCUAGGAGAGGAGAUGGCACUCUCUCCAAACAGUGCUUUUCCCCCUCCACCACCACCCUUUGAAGAACCAUUCCCCCCAGCCCCAGAGGAGGUUUUUCCUUCUCCUCCUCCUCCACUCAUGGCUGAGGGCCUUGGGACUGGAGUGUCCAUCCCACAGGUACGUGGGAAAGUGAGCAGCAUAGAUCUGGAGAUUGACUCUCUGUCCUCAAUGCUGGAUGACAUGGAGAAGAAUGACCCUUUCAAAUCCCGGGCAUCUCCUGGAUCUACAGUUCCCCUGAGAACACCUGCUCUUAAAAGCCAUGUGGAAACUAUGUCUGCAGUGAAAGAUCCUCCGGUUCCUGCUUCUUUCCCCCCCAAGAUCACACCAAAACCCAGUGGAGGCUUCACACCUAAACCUCCUGGGGUGGAUGUGGCCCCUGCUUCAACCCCUUGGGCAGCACCAGUGCAGUGCAGAAAAUCCCCAGCCACAGAGCCACAAGUGCCAGCCCCAGUUGCUCCUCCUUUACCAGCCCAACCUGCUCCUAAAUUCAACCCAUCGCCCACUGUAAGCUCCCCCAAACUUGGAUCCAAACCAAGUGCUAGUGCUCCAGGUGUUCCCCCUAGCUCCAUGAGAUUUAAUGCUACUGUUCCUGGCCAGACCCGAUUUACAGCCCCUUCAGCUGGGGUUUCAGCUCCAAGGCCACAGCCCCCUACUUUUGCCUAUGCCCAGCAGCGAGAGAAACCCCCAGUACAGGAGAAGCUGCGUCCCACAGGACAGCCUACUACUGUCUGUGACAAGCCAAGAAUCCCUGGAGGCACUGGCUCUGAAUCUCCCAGGGGUAACUCCUUGUUGACCAUGAAGGAGGUGGAGGAACUAGAGAUGCUGACACAGAAGCUCAUGAAGGACAUGGAGCAGUCGCCACAGGUGGAAGCUUCAACUUCUGCAGAGCUCUGUGGCUUUUGUCAGAAGCCCCUGUCACGAACUCAGCCAGCUGUGCGUGCCUUGGACUGCCUCUUCCAUGUUGAGUGCUUCACCUGCUUCAAGUGUGAGAAGCAGCUGCAGGGGCAACAGUUCUACAAUGUGGAUGAGAAACCCUUCUGUGAGGAGUGCUAUGCUGGCACCCUGGAGAAGUGUAGUGUCUGCAAACAGACUAUUACAGACCGGAUGCUGAAGGCCACAGGCAAUGCUUAUCAUCCUCAGUGCUUCACUUGUGUGGUGUGCCACUGCCCUCUUGAGGGCACUUCUUUCAUUGUGGACCAGGCCAAUCAGCCCCAUUGUGUGGAUGACUACCAUAGAAAGUAUGCCCCCCGCUGCUCGGUUUGUGCUGAGCCCAUCAUGCCAGAGCCUGGGAAGGAUGAGACUGUCCGUGUGGUGGCACUGGAGAAAAACUUCCACAUGAAGUGCUACAAGUGUGAGGACUGCGGGAAGCCUCUGUCUAUUGAAGCGGAUGAGAAAGGUUGCUUUCCGCUGGAUGGGCAUGUGCUGUGUAUGAAGUGUCACACCACACGUGCCAAAGCUGUGCACUGAUUUGAGGCACACCCCUGACACAACUGCACCCUAAAUUGCAUUUCCUUCCCCACAAUUGUCCAACUGUCUGCUGUGCAGGGCACAUUCCUCAAGGGACUCUGGAGAGUGAUAGCUUUCAUCAUAUGCAUAUUCCAUUUCCAGCCCCUCCCUUCAAGCACUCGUCGGGACAAGAUUCCCUUCCACAAUCCCCAAUUCCCUACCUGCAGUGCAUUCCAGACUGUGGGGAGUAACAUGGAAGUUGCAAGAGAUCGUUCUGUUCCCAUAAGCUGCCCUUAAAAGGACACAUCUUAGCAGCCCUAGAGAAAAGUGGCUUUGCUUCCAAUUCUGUCUUCACACUUUUGGCUCACUUGGUGAGAAUAAAAUACCUGAUGGCUGAGAGGUGGUCUAAAGCUCAGGGUACGUUCUGCUCUUUGGAGUAGAAGUACAGUUAUUUGGCAUUGAGAGUGACAAGAUGAUGGGUACUGCCAUCUGUUCCUUUUUCCUGCUGGCUCCUAUAGAUGCGCAGGGAGCCUGCUCUGACAUGCUGGAAAUCCCAGCACGUUGGAGUAAACUUGAUUACCCGAGUCUGUUGGAACAUGAAAAUUUAAUGCGCUCUGGCAGCCUUCUCUGUCAUGUGUAUCACCAUCCCCAUGCUGAAAAAAUGGUGGUAGGGCACUUUGAAAUAAAACACGUUCAAUGAGCUUUAGUUCAAAGUGCCCUGACACCAUUUUUUCA